GUAUUUAUUUGGAACGCAAAAACUGAAUUCUACGUUACAUCAAUUCAGUGUUAUCUGAAUAUAAACAACUUGGAUUAUUUGGGUGUGCACAAAUAAUUUAAUCACAAAUUUGUUUAUUAUUUCUCACUGUAACGCCUCUGGUCAUAACAAUUGAUAUUGAGUAUAUAAAGCAGUAAUUUAUUUUCAAUGAAAACAAUAUAAACACCACCUUAUAAUGGAAUUGAAAAAUAAAGUACAAAUAUUAGAUUCGGAUUCAAAUGUUUACUCGAUUAUUGAAAAAAUUACACAGUGCCGUGAUCAAGAAGAUCCUUUCUAUAUUUGUGACCUAAGUAGAAUUAUAUGGUUAUAUAAAAAUUGGAAGAAAUUUAUGCCUCGUGUUAAAAUUUUCUAUGCCAUUAAAUGUAAUGAUUACAAGGCUGUAUUGGAAACUUUGGCUGCGAUUGGAGUUGGAUUUGAUUGCGCUUCUAAAGAAGAAAUACGAAAAAUAAUUUCCUUGGGAGUACCACCAGAACGAAUCAUAUUUGCUAAUCCAGCAAAAAUCAAUAGUCAUAUCCAAUAUGCAGCUAAGACUGGUGUGAAGGUUAUGACAUUUGACAAUGAAUCGGAGUUGUACAAAGUGAAAAAAUUUCAUCGUGCAGCUGAAUUGCUGCUAAGAAUAAGAUAUGACGAUGUAUCUGCGACAUUCAUUUUGGGUAAGAAAUUCGGCGCUAAUCCAGAUAUAGAAUCGUGGAACUUACUUAGAACUGCCAAAUCCCUCGAUAUCAAUGUCAGAGGUGUGGCUUUCCAUGUCGGAUCAAAUUGUAAAAAUCAUAUUAUAUAUCGCCAAGCCAUAGCUGCGGCGAAAAAAGUUUUUGACAUGGCAGAGAAAUUCGCCUAUAAAUUUACGAUUUUAGACAUUGGGGGAGGAUAUCCAGGAAAUAGUUCUGAAAGUUUAGAGGAGAUUGCAAAAUACGUAAAUCAAGCGAUAGAUGAAUAUUUUCCAGACGAUACAGUCCAAAUUAUUGCAGAACCGGGAAGAUAUAUGGUCAAUACAGCUUUCAAACUAGUAACCCAAAUAAAUUCAAAAAAUAUUGUCAAUGUAGAUGAACAAAAAAUUCGUAUGUAUUAUGUCGACGUUUCUAUAUAUAAUUCAUUAAUUUCGACCAUUUUCCACGACCACUAUGAUUGUAAGGCAGUGAAUAACGUCUAUCCAAGUAUAUUAUGGGGUGCGACACAGGAUACUAACGACAGAAUAUCUCCUACCUAUUACUACCUACCAGAUUCAAAUAUAGGUGAUUGGUUGAUUUUUGAAGAAACCGGAAGUUACAGUUUAUCAAGAUGUUGUGGUUAUAAUGGUUUUCCGGUACCCAACGUCUGUGCGGUAAUUAAAAAAAACGAUUGGUUAAUGCUGAAGAAUCAGAUAACCAAUCCCUCGUCCUUGAAUAAUUUCGAAUUAUGUGAACCAAUGAGCAGCAUUCUUGAGGAAACAAUCAAAUCUUGUACUUUAACCCGGUAUUUUUAGCUCUAAGAAAAACAAAUUAUAUUUUACUUUAGAAUUAAUUAAAUAAUUUGUGUAUC